AUGUAUUUCAGCAUUGUGAACUCGUUACGCGCAACAUUGAGUGCUGCGGGUUGGGGACUUUGGCGGGCGCUGGUCGGUCCGUCGGCCGAGGAAGAAGAAGCAGCCCGCCUUGAAGCAAUUCGUCGACAAGAACGAGAAUUCCACGAAUUCGUUCGGCAACAAAUAAUAUGUUUAAUAAUCUUCAUUUCUCUGUAUUUACUUUCCUAUUGGAUUAUUUCACUAUUCAAGUCAAAAUCGGACAAUGAUUCGCUUGUAUGGAUGUGUUCGGCCUCGUUAGCGGUAUCGAUCGGAUCUAUAGCUCUGCUUCCAUUUUCUGUUGUAAGCUCCGAAUUGCUUCAACGGUAUCCGGAUAAUUACUACCUUCAAUGGAUGUCGUGGUCGUUAAUAAACAGCCUAUGGAACUACGUGUUUGCACUCUCAAAUCUCAGUCUCUUCGUCUUGUUACCAUUUAGCUAUUUCUUCAUUGAAUCGCAAGGCUUCAGUAAGAACAAAAAUGGUAUCAUGCAGCGAGUUUAUGAGACGCUUGCAGUGUGCGCGUUGCUCAUUGUAGUUAUUUUAUGUCUUGUGGAUGUAGUGUUGACGCUGAUAUCGUCAUCGCCAUUGCAGGUCUCCCUUAUCAGUAUAACAUCUGUAAAUCUGCCACUCAUCUACUCUUUUGUAUCAUUUGCCGGAGUGAUGUUAUUACUACUAUCGACUCCGAUUGGAUUUGCAAAAAUGUUUGGUAUUGUUGGUGAAAUGACUAUGGUUAGUAUUCAGAUAUUUGAAGAAGAUGUAUAG